AUGUACGCCCGUGGUCUUGCUACCAUUGCCGCCUUCUUGGCCCUCUCUCAGGCUGCUGUCGCUCAGCCCCUCGCCCGCCGCGGUCACGCUCACCACCGUCGCCAGGAUGCUGACGUCGUUUACGUGACUGAGACUGUCUACGCUACCGCUACUGCUGGUGCUGCCACUCAGGCUGUCACCACCACCGCUGUCGUUCAGGCUGCUGUUCAGGAGGCCGUCCAGACCGCUGCCGCUGUUGUCGCUGAUGUGACCUCCGCCGCUGCUGAGGUUGUCUCCUCCGUCACCUCUGCUGCCGCUGCCAUUGUUGACACCUCCUCCUCCUCCACCUCUGCGGCUGCUGCUUCUUCCUCUGCCGCUGCCUCCUCCUCCGGUAAGGGUGUCACUUACUCUCCCUACACCUCCUCCGGUGGCUGCAAGGACUCCUCUGCCGUUGCUUCUGACAUCUCUGUCAUCGCCGGCAAGGGUUUUAGCUUCAUCCGUAUCUACGGUACCGACUGCGCCCAGCUCGACACCGUUCUCCCCGCCGCUGUCUCCAACAACUUGAAGGUCUUCGUCGGUGUCUACGACUACGCCAACACCGACUCUGAGGUCCAGAAGAUUAUCAGCGCUGUUGCGUCUUACUCUUCCUGGGACAACAUCCACACCGUUUCCAUCGGUAACGAGGUUGUCAACUCUGGUCAGGCUGACGCUUCCACCAUGGCUGGUUACGUCAACUCUGCCCGUUCUGCUCUCCGCUCUGCUGGCUUCACUGGUCCCGUCGUCACCGUCGACACCUUUGUUGCCAUCAUUGCCAACCCCGCUCUUUGCGCUGCCUCUGACUACGUUGCUGCCAACUGCCACCCCUUCUUCGACGGUGGUGUUACAGCAGACGGAUCUGGUGCUUUCGUUGCUGAUCAGAUCGCUCGCCUCCAGGCCGCUUGCGGUUCUGACAAGACUGUCUUGAUCACUGAGACCGGAUGGCCCACUCAGGGUGACAGCAACGGUGUUGCUGUUCCCUCCGCUGCCAACCAGGCUACUGCUGUUUCUUCCAUCUUGUCGUCCGUCGGUGAGGACAUCAUCUUGUUCACUGCCUUCAACGACUUGUGGAAGGCCCCUGGAUACCUCAACGUUGAGCAGUACUGGGGUAUGUACACCGCCUAA